AUGAAUAAAUUAUUCUUAUUUGUUAUUAUUAUUGGUAUUAUAUUACCAAGCGAAUCAUUUUUAGGUGGACUAAGACGCACAUGUGAUUGUAAAGCGGUUUCGGAUACAGUUCAUUUUCCAUUUCAUAAAUGGAAAAUCUCAAGUUGUGCAUUUUGUUCGUGUAAUAAUCCAGCUAUGGCUAAUUGUGAACAAGCAUGUCAAGAUAUGGUUAAAAAUUAUGCUAAUACUGGUUGUGGAAAAACAAUUCGAGGUUCAAAAACAGUUUAUAAAUAUGAUGCAGGUGGAUGUGGAAAAGGUGUUGGAAAAGAAGUUUACACUUGUGCUUAA